AUGAAUAACCCUGCAGAAGUUGUUGCCGCCCAUUUGAGGCGCACAGGCAAUUCGAACGAAAUAAGGCAGGCUUCGCACGUAGAGUCCGUGGGGGGAAGCGCCAACAGCAGUCUGGACGACGAUGAUGGUGGUGGGUAUGAUAGUGCUGCCCCCCCUGGGGAACUCCACACAACUGGGGACGCUCCCCCUGGGGAAUUCCGCACAACAGGGGUCGUCCCCCCUGGGAGGCAAAAAGGAGGGAAAAAACGGAUGUUCAAAAUAAAGAAAAAAAAAUCACUUACACCACUGCAUAUUGAUGAUGGUGGCUUUACCCAAGGGGGGGAGGCGAAAGGGCCGGACGUGGCGCUGGAGUCAUUUGCAAUCACGAGGAAGCGGAGGCGCCCGCCGCUGCUGGGCAGGGGGGUCGUGGAGAGCUCCAACAUCGAGCUGACCAGCAAGUUGGGCGGCAAAUUGGGCAGCAAGCUUGGUGGCAAGCUGAACCCCACCCUGUCGCUGGUCGCCUCCAGAGCCGUGGACGGGCUGCUCGGCGGCGUCCACAAGCACAUGCAGGGGCCGUUCUCCCUGGACCUCGAUGGCACGAAUAACUCUCCCCUGGCCACCCCCAUAGUCACACCAAAUUUGUACUCGAACAUCAGCACCCCAUUUAACAUGCACAAUGGCAUCCCCCCCUCUGCACCUGCCCCGAUGGCCCUCCCCCCUCAGGGGGUCCAAGUGCCCCUUCCCAACGCGCAGCCCCAACCCCCCCCCAGUGUAGCCACAACAGCAACAGCCGCGCCAGCGGCUACAUCCCCAAUGGCGUCUCCAACCACACCCACACCGGCCGCCAGCACAGGAGUCCCCCCCCCGCCGGGGAUCCAACUAGCCACCAACGCAAUGACUUACCCACAAAUGAAUAUGCAAAAUGUUAUGACCGCAAAUCAGAUGGCCCAAAACCCAGCCUUCAAUAUACAUCCCACGGCCACGAAUUUACGGGAUGACCCAGGGAAUGUAAAUUACAAUGAGGUGGUUACUAUAACGAUUGGCAUUGUCAUCUGUCUCUUCCUCUUCUGUUUCGUUUUUGGAUGCAUCGUGAAGAUGUGCAAGCCGGCCAAGAGACGCCGUUGA